CGCGCAGGCAGGCAGGCAGACGGACGGACGGUCGUCGGGUGGUACGCACGGCUGCCGAAGCCACGAGCACCGAGCAAAGCGAAGCAAAGCAGCGUUCGAGCGUCAGUUCUCGUGGUCGGACGGCGACUGCAACACAGCGCGAGUGCGGUGACAGAUGGCGGCCACCUUCCUGCCUCCCGUCAGGUACACCAGGAACCUCUUCCUGCGCUGCGUCUCCGCCGUCUACCUCUUCACCUUCCUCUCCAUCUACGUCCAGAUUCCAGGUCUGAACGGCAGCAAUGGUAUUUGUCCGGCGAGGUCGCAGCUCGAGCCGAGCCGGAGCAGAACGCUGCUCGAACAAAUAAACGCGAAACCGACACUUGUGUGGCUUGCGCCUCAUUUGGGUCUCGACGCCGAGCACACCCUCGAGCUGAUUGCACUUCUAGGGGCUUUCCUCGCCUUCUUGGGCACUGUCAGUCAGAAGGCAUGCAUUCUGCCCACUUUUUUCCUGCUGUGGAGCUUCUUCCUCUCCAUUUUCCAAGUCAAUCCAGUCUUCAUGAACCACCAGGCGGACAAACUGCUACUAGAGACGGGAGUCCUGUGCAUCCUUUUGGCUCCAUUGACGCCCGGUGGCGUCAAGAAAUCCGCAUUCAAGGACGCAAUCGUUCUGUUCAUGAUCAAGUGGCUGCUGUUUAGGCUCAUGUUCUCCACCUGCAUAGUCAAGUUCACCACCAAGGGCAGUAAAUUGUGGUGGCAACUCGCAGGUUUGGACGUUUACUACGAGGUGCAGUGGCUGCCGAACUACCUGUCGUGGCACAUGCACCACCUGCCGCGGUGGUUCCUGCACUUGUGCACGCUGUACACGCACUUCACGGAGGUGGUGGUGCCAUUUUUCUUCUUCCUUCCCGUGCACUUCGCCUCCGUCGUCGCCUUCUACUGCCAGAUAUUCCUCCAACUCUGCAUACUGUUCACCGGCAACUACGGAAUUUUAAACCUGCUCAUCUGCGUCCUUUGCAUUUCCCUCCUCGACGACCGGAACUUCAACGCUGAGCAGAAAAGUAAAGCAGCAGAAUCCACUGAUUCGUCAGAGCCAAAAUACUCAAUACAAUCGAAAAUUGGCGUCACCCUUGCGUACUUGCUGGCCGCCGUGUGGGCGUACAGGUCGCUGACCUUCGGUCCGACCGGCCUGGAGCUGCAGGGCGACCCGAAGGACGUGGACGAGUUUCUACGGUGGUUCGUGCCGCUGUUCCCUGGAAUAGUCCUCGCUUUCCUCUGCUACGAAAGCGGCAAGAUGGUGUCCAUAACUUUGCUCCGCAGCGACUCGUGCAAAGAGAAAUUGCUGCCGAUCGCUGUCCUCGUUGUCCACAUUAUUGCCUGCAUCAUCCUCUUGGCCUUCUCUGCCGUGUCAUUCUCGGUCAUCAGGCCGCCGAGCGCAACCGAACCGCAGAUGAUGGUGGCCCUGCGUCCGAUCUACGUCCAGGUGCAUAAGUGGCACCUGACGAGUCCGUAUAGCAUGUACCUGCAGAUCGACGACAAGAUCGUGCGCAAGGAGAUCGUAAUUGAAGGCUCUAACUCGCUCAAGGGGCCGUGGGCCGAGUUCAACUUCAAAUACAAGCCCGGCAACGUCAACAGGUCACUGCCCAUCAUUGUGCCUCACCAGCCUCGUCUGGACUGGCAGAUGUGGCACGCGGCGCUAAGCACGUACCAACACAAUCCGUGGACGCUGAGCCUCGCCUACCGCCUCCUGCAGGGCCAACCGGACGUGCUGCAGCUCUUGGACCCCAGCAAUCCUUUCGUCCUGCCACCCAAGUACGUCAGGGCAGCUGUCUACGUCUACAAGUACACGCCCUGGUCUGAAAGGUAUGGUUCAGCGUGGUGGACACGGCAGCGAAAGGGCGACUAUUUCCCGAUCUACGCGGUGGACCACCCGCCGCUGCUCGAUUUCCUGAAGCAACACAAAAUCGUUGGCGCCAAAGACUGGCCUGUGCGGACUAGGUGGCUGGUGUCACUCUUAAGUACCCUGAGGACGCAGCUCGAUCCAUCCGUCUUCUUGUGGUCCUUCUUCGUGGCCGCCUUCGCGCUCAUCGUGACUGGAACGCGCUGAACACAAACGCCAUAUAUCUCACUUUUGAUGUGAUUGUAAAAUCGUAGACUUGGGAAUUUUUAAUUUUGGAUCUGAAUAUAAGGGAAGAAAUUUUGUCCCUUUUAUUCUGGAUGAAAAUUUGUCAUUUUCGAUGAGUAAUUUUAAUUUUUAAAAUAAAUAUCCUGGUUUUGGUGUCCUCUAAAUUGAAUUAAUCUCUUAAAAAUGUUAAGAUGUAAAUUUUUUAAUUUUAAUUUAAAUGUGGUUUGGUUAAAAAAUUGUAGCUCUAGAAUUUUAAUUUAUUUUUUGGUUAGUCUUCAUUUAAAUUCCCAAGUCUGACGAACUCUGCGAACCAAAUUUUGGAUUUCAAAGAAAUACCUGUCUGGGAAACAGUUUCAACGAGUGCCUUUAUUGUAGAGAAAGGUCGUUUGAAAGUCUGAUACCCCUUUUCCAGCUGUCGAAUUAUAAUUUAUUUCGCAGUGCAGAAAAUGCUGACGUGCGAGCGGCAUUUCGAAUGCGCGGCGGAAACUGCACUCUUAUUUUAAACAUGAAGCUUUUCUAUUUAAAGAUGCUAAAAAUGGGCUUAUAUAACACACUUUUCCCUUGGAGCCUAGUUUGAAAUUCAAAUUUGAGAGUGUUUUCACCAAUGAAUCACGGUGAGGUGUGUGUGUGUAUGAGUGUCGAAAUUUAUUACAAUAAAAAACAAAAACGAUUCAGCCGUAAUAUAAACCUGC